ACGAAUCUUACCGGUGAAUGCAAAUCGAGACUCGAGAGAAUAUUAAUCGAGUCACGGAUCUAUAUACACAAUGGUCUGCAAUGUAUUAGUUUUCUCGAAACACACGGACUUCAGGAUUUAAAAUAGAACAAUGCUGUUCUAGAUUAUUUUAAGGAAUCUCUAUAUCAGGCGGCACGAGCAAGACUUUGCAACGUCAACGAUAACACAGAGUAAAACCAGGCUGUGGAGAUAUCGUGAAACUUUUACCCCAGUGCUCUGAUUUCAGAAUUUAAAAUAGAACAACGUUCUAGAUUAUCUGAAGAAACUGCUGGUUACCGAAUUUGGAAACGUAAGCAAGAUUCUGGUGUCCGAUAUUAAAAUCGACGGUCUGCGAUCGUUUUAUCUCGAAUUUAAAAAUUUGUAAAGUAAUAAAAAUUUGCCUUGUGGAAUUUAGGAAGACGUAAGCAUUGUAUCGUUUAUAACGGCAACCGAGAUGGCUUUGAGCCGUCGUUGAACGGAAGAUUCUACGAUGAAUACAUCGAUAGUAACAUUGAUAGAAUAAAACCCGGCAACUGCCCCUUUUAAGUCAGUCGGAUUCUCGCGAAUAUUCGAUUGGCACGGUGUCUGAGGCGAUUAAUCAUCGUCAUUAUCCGGGCACUGCAUUCGAGAGAAAGACGAUGCUGCUGACGAGAGAACCAGCGCUGCCGUAGACAUCAGAAUGUCGUACCCUUGAUCCCGGUACGUCGCCUCGGCGAACGGUUUACUGCCUAUUCGGACGUGAAUGGAAGAUUUAUUAACUCACAUCGUAUCGCGAAUAAUCGAAUGUGCAAUUUAUACACAGAAUUGACAAGGUGUUACCAGCGCGACGAGUAAAAAGGAUUUAAAGGGAACCGACCAAGAAGAACGUCUACCAUUUAAAUUCAAUCUUUUACCUGCGAUAAUUUGGCAAUCAUCAUAUUCUCACUGGCGACAUGUCCUCCAAAGUCAGACAACAAAUUCGCAUAACGAUCUUCUUCAAUGACGGCACCGUGGUGAUUUACAUCUGAAUCGAUGGCGGUAUAAGACCAAAGUGGGAUUAACAGUGACGGAUUGGUGUAUCAUGAGGAACUUCUGAAAAUAUUAAGGGGCAAGGACGUCGCGCGAGAGGGAAAAGGGAGAAGUAACUUGGUUGGCAGGACUAAAAAGGAUAGGAAGAAAGAAAGGAGGAGUUAGCGACGGAAAGGCGAGGGCCUCUCUUUGAGCCGCCACUUAGAAAACGUUAGUUGAAUCACUUAACCGGUCAUUGCACUACGGCUGGGGCUGGCCGCUUCGACGUGACGAUAAAGGAACCGAUCGGGCGUGCACAGGAUCGACCAACCACGAAGCGACUGCUUGGCCGCGAAUAAAAAACGCGGUAGCGAUCUAGCGCGACAAUCAGGUCGAGAGAAAGUGAGCUCUAUCGCGUGCAAGAGCAUGCCUAAAGGAUAUACUUUCUGUGGAUCUCUAUGCGAGGACAAAGACCGAAAUCGAGAGAUUCUAGUUCUUUGCGGUCGUCGAUGUGUAGGCUCGACUCGUCGUGCUCGUUCGACGAUUGUCGCAGGAUCUCCGGAAGCAUUCAAGAUUUCACGAUUAGAGAAACGUUGUCGUCGCGCAACGCGAGAGAGAAAGAGAGAUAGAGAGAAAUAAAUUGCUAAUACGAUGGCUACAAUGGAUAUGAGAGAAGACCGUCGAUCGACGAUAGAUGUUUUUCAUCAAAAGGACGUACCGCGAUCGGAUGAAUUAUCGAUUGCGGUGAUCCAUAGGGCGGGAAUCGGCGAGCUUUUAGCGAGACAAGCGAUGGCCUGGUGCCGUUACUGGUUGCAAACGUUUCCCAUAAGAAUGACGUUGAAUAACGUCGGAUUAUUGACGGUGUUCCUGGCGAUAGUGUCGCCGCGAUCCCUCAUUUAUAGGCUCGUUUAUCCGAUUUUCAGAUUGGUCUUCGGCACCUUGUACCCGGCGUACGCUUCCUACAAGGCGGUGCGCACGAAAAAUGUCAAGGAAUACGUUAAAUGGAUGAUGUAUUGGAUAGUAUUCGCGCUGUUCACAUGCGCGGAAACAUUCACCGACGUCUUCUUUAGUUUUUGGUUCCCGUUUUACUAUGAGAUUAAAAUCAUCCUGGUGCUGUGGCUGCUAAGCCCGGCUACUAAGGGCUCCAGUAUCCUUUAUCGGCGCUUCGUGCAUCCCGCGCUAAUCCGUCGUGAAGCCGAGAUCGACGAAGCCCUAGCACGUGCGACCGAGCAAGGUUAUACGGCGGUGCUGCAUCUCGGUACCAAGGGCGUGAACUAUGCCACCACGGUUCUCAUGCAGACUGCCAUCAAGAAUCUCCCGAUUGUAUUCCCGACCACGACGAGUGCACUCCCUGAUCGUCAAUUAGACCCGGCGAUUUCUAGCUUAGCCAGCCUCAGACCGACAGCGCGGUUAAACAGCCAGCUAGACGGGCCGGAUUAUCCGGACGACAGCGCGGUCUACAGUCGUCAUCUGCAUGCUAGGUCCGAUGAUCUGGUGAUAGGCGAUACGGACGCGAUUCUCGGCUGGCAGUACCGCGACUCGACAACGGACGACGAUGAGAUGCUGAUACAGGAUCUGCCAAUGACGGACACGGAGAGCGAUCAUCUGGAGGAACAAAAACCGGGCGGCGGUGGGCUGGUGCAACAAUUGAGGAAAAGUUACAGCCUCAGUGAUCUAACCGGCGAGAAGGAGGACGAAAAUAGGAACACACCCGAUGCGCGUGACGAAAUAGAUAUGGAAGUGGAGCCUCGUCGAAGAGAGAACAUUGGCAGAAGAGGCUAUAGUCCUCGCAGGACCCAGUCCAGCAGCAAUGCGUCUCGAGUAGAAAUGUAUUUUUCCGAAGUGGAUGUCGAUGUUCGACAGCCAAGGCCUAGGGAGCCUAUAGCUAGUUUAACAAAUAUAAGGUCCUCGGACGACAUAUCUAGCGGUUACAGUAGCGGCGAGGCGUUGCAAUCCCAACGAACGACUUCUCAGGGUGACUCUUUAGUGAGAACAUCAAGCGUCGGUGCGAGAACACGCGUGAAGCCACGUUCUACCGCGAAGAAGACGCCUGAAGACAGGGGCGAGGAUUUCGACCGCACACCUUUCGAAAAUGUCUCCCUACCAUCGUCCCUAAACGUCCUGACUCCUGAACAAGCUGUCGAGCUUUUACUGUUAUUAUCUCAAAGUAAUAAAUCGGUAAACCGUCCGACAUCGAUUACAGCUUAUAUCGAUAACGAUAAAUCCGCAAACGAAAACAAAUCCGCAACGAAAAUAGAAGAUAAUGAAUCGUCACCGAUGGAAUCGAGCGGCGAAUUCGUUGACACAGACUCGGCUCAAAUAGACGUGCAAACAGUGCAAACCAUAGAGAUCAAGAAUAUCUCGAUGGAAAACUUGUCAAUACCUGCGGUAACAAAAAGCGCAGACAAAAUAAAUAUCGAUUGUUCGAUAAAGGAAUCUGAUUCUCAGCAAAGCGAUUCUAACACGCAAAUUGCAUAUAUUGAUGAACCGAAAAGUAAUCAAGAAGUAGUUUCAACUGUUUCCCAAAAGCCUGAUACAGAAACUGGUCUUGAACGAAUAACCGGCGAGAUAUGUCAGCAAAAAUUCAACGAGUUGAAGCAAUUAUUAGAUGAUGCGCACAAAGCUGUAACAAGAAUCGUAUCUUCCCAAGAAAAGUUGAAUACGAUCGACCAAGGUAAGGAACAUAUACGGGAAAUUAGGACUGACGAUUCGUUGAGUACUUGUGCUUGCGAUUAUACUGCGGUUCAAUCUUCCAUUACGCCAAGUACAUCGAAUUGCGAUCUUGACGGCGAUACUCGUGCAGGAAAAUAUCAUAAAAAGCCCGCUCCGAAAGCUCCGACAAAUGACGAGGUAAUAAGUAAUGAAGACAUUGACGAAAACGAGUCUCAAAAUGCUUUGAAGGCCACUUUGGUCAUUAAAACUGGUACAUUGAGAACUGUUUCAAACGCGGAUGCUACGAAAGAUAUAUUCUUAGCACAUACCCCGGACACGAAAAAAAGAAAGAAGAAAUCUAAUAGAUUACGCGCUAAGGAGAGCUUUUCCAAAUUAUUGACAAUCCCGAAGAACAUCUUUCACAACGCUUUCCACAAGGAACAAAAUGAAGCUUCCGCUAAAGAGGAAGAUUCCAGUUCCUCGUAUUCUGGGACCAGUGGAUCCGCAUCGAGAUCGAGUAGUAUCGGAUCCCAGGCGUUUGUAGAUACAUCCUCAAAAUUAUCUGUUUUAAAACAAGAAGUGGACGUAGAAGAGAUUCCACUGAGACCGAAGCGCGAUGAUAACAUUAAAAAUUUCGACAAAGAUAACACUUUCGCUGAUAAUUUGGAUACUAAGCCCUUAAAUGAAAUUAAAGAUUUUAAAAUUGAAGAUAAUAAGAAAAAAGAAUGUGCAAUGAAUACAGAAAAAUCCGAAAAUUAUGAAGAGAAUAUUGAAAAUGAAUCGAACUCACAGAUUCGUGAUAUGCCACAGCCUUAUAACAACAGAAAAGAGAUUAUCACUGACAUUAAUUAAACGCAUUUCAUUAAUGUCGCAUAUUUCAUAGAGAAAUUAUGUUAGCUGUACUAAAUAAUUACAUAUACUUGUUUUGUCUUUGAUGUUUUUAAAAUAUGAUAAAAGCUUGUUCGUUCUCUCUAUCCCAGUUUUUUCCCAUAUUUCGUAUUUUAUCCUAAUAGGAAAUUCGGCCAGAAGAGAUGGACUGUUUCAUUAAGAUCAUAACGAGUUUUGCUACCUUACCUCGCAGUAAGAAGACCAGUAAGAAAAAAGUGGCAUGAAACCUUCCUGCUGCUGACCGCAUUAAGGAGUAAGACCAAGUCCCUUGUAAAGGCAAAUAAAAGUAUCUUCAUCGGUGUGCGGAUCAAAUAUUUGCACCAGCCAAUAACGGAUACACUAAUAGGUCAGCAGCGAAUAUCGAUUAGCCAAAACACGCAAUGUAUACAAUUGAAUGUUUCUAGCACCGGUAUUUCUUAAUUCAGCUUUUUGACUAUUCAUUUAACUUAUCGAGCGUUAGUUUUAUCAGUCAAAAAAGAGAGAAUCCUGUCUUUUCUCCCAUUUAUUCGAAAGAAAUUGCUGGAUAUGGGCCAGGGUUAUAAAAGAAAUUCCAGGGAAUGGAAGUAACUCGUUACUUGUAACAAAGUUACAGUUACGAGUUACUUUUUUAGUAAUUUUACUGAUAACUGCGUUACUUUUUUUUCUUUGAUAACUGUAACGGUAACGAAGUUACAUUUUAUUGGUAACAGUAAUGAAUUUUACAGCUACUUUUAUCGUCAUUUUGCACGCGAUUGGGCACGAGUCACCCAUAGCGCUUGAGAUUAGAAAUCCUCUACAGGCCCAUCCGCUGUGAUUGGUGGUCGUCGAUUUUAAAAAAGUAACGAAAAAGUAACGAAAAGUUACGGUA